AGAAGCUGAAAAAAAUGAGAAAAAAGGUUUAAAAGAUUGGGAGAAAAGACUCAUCAUAUCAGACAGAGCACAUAUUGUGUUUGAUUUUCACCAGGCAGUUGAUGGACUUCAAGAAGUGCAGCGUCAAGCACAAGAGGGGAAAAAGUAAUUAUAUAUCUUGCAUUGGCACAACAAAAAAAGGAAUUGGACCAACUUAUUCUUCCAAAGCUGCACGAACAGGACUUCGGAUUUGCGAUCUUCUUUCAGACUUCAAUGAAUUUUCAUCAAGAUUUAAAAAUCUGGCUCACCAGUACAAGUCAAUGUUUCCUUCUUUAGAAGUUGACAUAGAAGGGCAACUAAAAAAACUAAAGGGAUAUGCUGAAACAAUAAGACCAAUGGUCCAAGAUGGAGUUUAUUUUAUGUAUGAAGCACUGCAUGGCUCUCCGAAGAAAAUUCUUGUGGAGGGUGCCAAUGCAGCACUGCUUGACAUUGACUUUGGCACAUAUCCUUUUGUGACAUCAUCAAACUGCACUGUGGGUGGUGUAUGCACUGGGCUGGGUAUUCCUCCUCAGUAUAUUGGAGAGGUGUAUGGGGUAGUAAAAGCCUACACAACAAGAGUGGGAAUUGGAGCCUUUCCAACUGAACAAAUAAAUGAAAUUGGAGACCUUUUACAAUCACGAGGUCAUGAAUGGGGUGUGACCACAGGCAGGAAAAGACGUUGUGGUUGGCUAGAUCUUGUCAUUUUGAGAUAUGCUCAUAUGAUCAACGGAUUUACUGCUCUGGCAUUGACAAAACUGGAUAUUCUGGAUGUCCUUGAUGAAAUCAGAAUUGGUGUGGCUUAUAGACUAGAUGGGAAAAGAAUUCCAUACUUUCCAGCUAAUCAGGAAAUAUUGCAGAAAGUAGAAGUGGAAUAUGAAACAAUGCCAGGAUGGAAGACUGACACAACUAGUGCCAGAAAAUGGGAGGACCUUCCAUCUAAGGCACAAAAUUACAUUAGAUUUGUAGAAAACCAUGUUGGUGUGUCAGUUAAAUGGGUUGGAGUUGGAAAAUCAAGAGAAUCAAUGAUCCAGCUCUUUUAAGGGCCCAAAGAAGGGCUACGAUGAGCAAGGGUUCACCUGAUCUUUUCUGCUCCCAAAUUAAGAUGCUUUUGAAAUCAAAAUAACUUUCCUAGAUUAUGAUUAAGAAACACAUAUUUUAUCUUAUUUUCAAAUAUUAAGUUGACUUGGGAACUACAUAAUAAUUGGAGUGAAUUGGUAGAGGAGAAUCUUAAGGUAACUUUCUAAAAGUGUCAAACCCAUAUGGAAUUAUUUUUCCAAACUGCCAUCAAUAACAAACUUUCUACCACAAGGCUGUAAGCAGGAUGUUCCCAUUCCUGUGUCAGGAAGCAAUGAGACUAUGUAUCAUUUAAAACGAGGCUGCCUAAUGGUGCACUGAAAAGAUAAGCAACUUCUUUUAAGUCCGGGAUUCAAAGUAGAAUUAUCCUGGAGUCUGUAUUUUCUUAUAAAUAAGCAUUCUUCAGAUACCAAAACAGAAAGGGAAGCAAAAGAGGUUAUGUCAUAGAAAAGGAAGCAAGCCAGUACCUGAAGUCAUUUGUUGGCAGUGAAUCAGACUGGAUACAGCUGUCAGAACUUAGGAUAUAGAGAUUCCCUUCAUUCAUAUAUUUUCCAGUAGGUGUUCCACAUGAAGCGCUCAGAAAUUCUGUUCUUUCAGUCCUUUGUAUGUUAGCCAAGAAAACAAAGAAGAGGCAAGUAAACGAAGAAACGUACAGCAGAUUUUGAAAAUGCAUUUUAAAAGAUCAUACCAACACAAUAUCUUGCAGUACAUCUCUGUGAAGAUACUAUCUGUAACUUCACUUUUUUAGUAUGCUCUCAGGUCAUAUUCUUCUCUCACUGUUGCUUACCACUGCUCACUUGAGCUUCAGCAGAACGUAAGAUUUCUCUGUUGCUCUUCGGAGAGUAAGAAAUUCAGAAUGUUAGUGACAUGUUCUCUUACACAAUUUGGGAAUCAUUGGGAAUACACAAUUUGGGAAGGUCAUAAAUACGAGGAUUGGUUGCAAAGUUACUUUUUCAUCACCCUCGUAAUUGCAGACAGUUGCUGUAUGAGGCAUUCGCUAAACAAGGGCUACCUAUAUUUUUGCUGUCUAAGAAGCUUUCGCUAACAUUUUUUGUACACAUGGAAGCACUGGAUGAACAUGCUCAAGUGGGAUAAGGGGCAAUGUAUUUCAAGCAAAGGUAACAUGCUUGUAAAGACUACUAAGACCUUUAUUUUUUUUUCCUUUGGGAUCUCAAACUAUAUGAAGAUAGGCUCAGAAAGCCUCAAGUCUGAACUUCACAUUUUCUGUUAAUGUACUAGAUGACUUAGACAAGUGCUGCUGCUUCAGGUUCAGUCCCCCUCUCCUAGUUGUAAUAUGGAAAUAAUAUUAACAGAUGUCAUAGAAUUGUUGUAAGGAUUACAAUCGCAUGAAUGGAUGCAAGUGGAUACUUGAAAAUGCAGAUAUGUUUGAUAGUCCUUCUCUGAUUGAAGCUAAGUUUAAUUAACAUAACAUCCAAAGUAUGUUGCAUCCAUUUGGUUUCUCCUGAGGAUUUGUGAGGAAGUGUUUGUCCACAGGACACUUCAUUUGGGUAUCUAAUUGUUCUCAUAGUGUUAUACUUUCUGUGAAGCACAAUACUCUUCUUGACUUUGUUGUGCUUAAUUUUAGUUAUAUUUUUAUAAUACAAAUUACAUUACAUUUACAUUUAAGCCCACCAAAAAGCAGUGUGCUUGGGUGGGUUAGAUUAAUGCUUUAGAUAAUGCUUUAAAAAUAAUGAUCAGGAUCUAGAGAAGUUCUUCCACUUAUGCAAAAGUAUGCUUAUUUUUUCCUCUGCUGACAAACCAACAAGGCUCUGGUGUGUGUGUGUGUGUGUGUGUGUGUGUGCACGCACAUACAUGCAUGUAUGUGUGCACAGUGGAUAAGGGACUGAAAGGCCCCUGCAGGUCAGUAGCAGUUUUGUAUACCUCUUUCUCACGGAUAGAUGGGCAUCUACUCAGAGGAAGGGGAAAGUGAGAUCAUGAUGUCAUAGUACAAAUGAUGCGCAUUAUAUAACUUGCAUCAUUUGUAUAGUGAUGUUAUGCAUGGUGUCGUCAUGACUUGCAUUUGAUGCCUAUGCUUGGUCAAUACCCCUGCCUCACUUUUCCCAACACUAGCACAGUAUAUAAUACUUGCUUACCUACCUCGUAUAGAGAAAGUGACCCAUCCUUAUGGCCCAAGAAACAUAUCGCUCUUUAGGGUGCCACAGAAUUCUUGGCGUUUGCUGCAAUAUAAUGCUCUAAAAUAUCCUAUGUGGUGUUUAACAAGAAUUCUGUAUGCUUUGCCUUGUCUUCUGAAAAUAUUCUCUUUCAUAGGCAAUGUUGACUUAAUGACAUAUUAAUGUUUUGUAAAUGGCUUUUUAAAAAUGAUUAUUAGUGCAGCUCUAGAAGGAGCACCAUUAAUCAGUUUGCAUUUCAGAUAGGCUUUAGUCCUCUCAGAAAUGAUUCAAGACCUUUCUCUCAACCUACCAUCUCUCUGCACAUAUGAUCUGACCAAAGUUUACCAAAGUGGCCUUUACUCUAUAUUACAGAUCCAUAAUACAUUAACAGUUACUUGCUCACUAUGUUUUCUGUACCUCUUUAAAAAGUCUAGCUUUGUAGUUGAAAUGUCUAUGCUAUAACCUUUUACUCAGCUUUACAUUUUUCUACUGCCCAACUGUGUAUUUUCUCUCAAGUGAGUAUCUGUUGCAUGCAAAGCCAGCUAUAAUCACUUACAGUCCUGCACAUAGGCAGCUUAAGUUCUUUAGCAGCCACAAACCAUAGGCAAAUAUUUCCACACAGUUCCCACCUAUAUGAAUGGGAGCUGUCCAAGAAAAUUUUGGUAGCUCCCAUUCAGGUCAGUGGAUCUUCCUUAGGCCUCUUAGUUUGCACUUGUUUAAACUGAUAUCCAUAGAGACUCUAUUAACUUUGGCAUAUUUUAACGGAAAUCUUUGUUCCCAUAAAAUACCAUUGAAUUAAAUAUUUAGUAAGGCAUUAUGUUAUAGUUCAUUCUUCAUGAAGAAUAUAUAUUGUAUUUUGAUUGUUUCCUACUAUACUGAAGCUUGAUGUGAAAUUUGGCUGUAGCAAUUUAGUACUUCAGUACACUGCUUAAAUGCAGUCAUUAUCUAAAAUAUGUUAUGACUCAGUUAAUGUGGGGAACAACACUAUAAGACAUUGAAAAUGUCUUAAUUGUACAUCAAGCAAGAAUAGGUCAGGUUUUGGGCUUAACAUUUUUAUGAUGUACUCUGCCACACAAUUCUUGAUAUAGCAAAUAUAAACCACAUGCUCAACAAAUGCACUAAAACUGUUCUCUUGACUAUUUUGUAUAUUGUAAAUGGACCUGUAUUUAUCCUAUAGAUCUUUUAUUUGCUCAGUAAAGCCUU